UCUAUUUCUUCUUCCUCUUCGGAGAAAAAUAACCCAAAGAAAUUGUGAAAAAGGGGCGGCAAAAAUUUAAGCAGAGAGAAGAAGAAGAAAAUGGGUGAUUCUCCGGACUGGUUGCGCACUUUUGAGGCUCCCAAGCAACCACUUAUAGCAUUAUCAUCAGAUGAGGAUGACGAGGAUGAUUUCCGUCCUAUAAGCGAAACUUUGGGUUUAUCAUCGAAAUCACGAAAGGAAGAUAACAAUCAAGACGCUCUUCUCAUUGAUGUUGCAGAAGAACCUUUGGUUAGUAAAGCUCCCAAAUCUAAAUCCAAAACUACGAAGGCUCGAGCGGAAGUGGAAACUCAAGUCCUAGAAGAAGGAGAGAAGAAUCAAGGUGCAGAUGUUGAUAAAAAUGUAGAGGAUUCAAAAGUUAAAAAGUCUCCCAAAUCAAAGUCUCCAAAAAAGAAAUUGAAAGUAGAGACUCAAAGCCAUAAAGAAGAGACUGAUAUUGAAGAGGAAGCUGUGAAGGAAGAAGUAACCGAGAAGAGUGCAAUACCUCAUGGUUCGUCAAGAUUGCCUUUGAUGAUGGCAGAGAAAGUCCAGCGGUCGAAGGCACUUGUUGAAUGUGAAGGAGACUCCAUAGAUAUGAGUGGAGAUAUUGGUACUGUUGGACGAUUAGUAAUUUCAGACACACCAUGUGGUAGCGGUGAACUGCUUUUGGAUUUAAAAGGAACCAUAUACAAAACAACAAUAGUUCCAUCAAGAACAUUCUGUGUUGUUAACUUUGGCCAAACGGAAGCAAAGAUAGAAGCCAUCAUGGAUGACUUCAUUCAACUGAAGCCACACUCCAAUGUUUAUGAGUCGGAGACCAUGAUUGAAGGGACACUUGAGGGACACUCAUUUGAUUCUGAUGAAGAGGCAGAUAAAAUUCCAAAGGCUAAAAUUCAAGGAGAAGAAGGUGAGGAACAGGCCAACGGAAAGAUCAAGGGAAAAGCUGAUAAAGCAUUGGGCGUCAAAAAGAAGGGCAAAACAGCAGCUAAGCCACCACCUAAGAGGGUAAAAAAGAAAGCCCCAGUUUCUAAGAAAGGCAAGGGCUCCAAGAAAUGAGAAGUCAAAUAUUAUUUCCCUUCCCACCAAAGGUACUGCAUUUGGUAGGUGGGGGAAGGGAAAUUCGAUAUCGACAUUGAUACCCAUGUCUGACACAUGGCAGUGGUACUGCAAUCUCCUUAUCCUCUAGGAUUUCACAGAAGCUAAAGAAAAUAAAGCAGAUUGAACGGGACAUAGUUGGGAGUCAGCAUAUUCGUAUUUUCUUCUCUGUAGUCCACCUAUAUCGUUUUCAGGCCUUGGCCAACUCUACUGGUUCGUAUUACAUAGGUCGCCGCAUCAGACACCCCUCAUACAAGGUCCGAUACCUUCUACACUCGUGUGCGAGCCAUUAACUAUGAGUUUUGGUUGUUUAUCCAUUCUGGUAUUUGGUCAAUAACUCCAAAUAUUAGAGUUAUUUGUAAGAACUUUAUAUGAUCAAUAAUCAAGACCCAUUUCACA